CCAAUCGCCUCCAUCACUAUUCUCGUUCUCAACUCUGUACUUGCCCCUCUCUCUCUCUGCAACUGCAAACUACAAAAUCUACAAGAAUCAGAAGUUCAAAACCCAUAUAUUUCAGUUUAUCUAUCUGUCUGCAAGAAUCAAAAGCUCAAAACCUAUUACCUAUAUCAAAACCCAUAUCGGCAUAUCAUUUCAGAUUGUUCAAAAAAUCAAAACCCAUAUCUUUCAGUUUCCAUCGCCCGCUUCUCCAGUUCGGGUUCGCCGUUCGCAAGUUUCAGUCGCUGGCCCGCUGUCUCUCAACUCUCAGGCUUGCCCCCCUCGCUCUCUGCAGCUGCUAACUUGCUUGGAAGUGACAUGAUAUGUGCUUGUUAUUUCACUGUUCCUAAAGUUGUUGACUGACUGUGAGAAAGAAAGGCCUUUUUUAGGCAGGCCAACAAUACAUAUAUACAUACAUACACACAUAUAUAUAGCAAGCAUACAGGGAUUUCAUUUGACUAGCCAGUGGCAGUGGCAGCGGCAGCGGAUUGAUUUCUCACUCUGUAAAGUCAAGCUAGUUGCCAUCAACAAAUGGCCGAUUUUCUGACUUCGACUCACCGAGCCAAGUGGAUCUUAUCUCCGCAGGAUCUGAAGGAUAAAUACAAUGCUGCCAAUCAAAGAGCAAGACAAACACUAGAGAAGUAUGGAACGACACAAAUGGAAGUAGACAUUGAUGGGUCCUUGUUGUAUCCAGAACCUCAAAUUGAUGCAAAAGAUAACACUGAAAAGCAUUCUCGUCGAAAACCGCUUAAGAUUGAAGAAGAACAGCUUCUACGAGCAUUCUAUGAAUCUAAAAUUCAAGAUGCAUGUAAUGCCUUCGGAUUUCCACACAAAAUUCAGGCAACAGCUCUCAUAUACUUUAAAAGGUUUUAUCUGCAAUGGUCAGUGAUGGAACAUCAUCCAAAACACAUUAUGUUAACAUGCAUAUAUGCAGCUUGUAAGGCAGAGGAAAAUCAUGUGGCUGCAGAGGAGCUAGGUAAGGGGCUUGAACAGGACCAUCAAGUGAUCCUCAAUAACGAGAUGCUUGUUCUUCAGACUCUGGAAUUUGAUCUUAUAGUUUAUGCUCCAUAUCGUGCACUUGAAGGCUUUGUCAAUGAUCUGGAGGAGUUCAUCCAAGCCACGAAUGAGCAGGUUGAAAUGCUCAAGACUUUGCAUAAAACUGCUAUGAAGGAAGUAGAUAAGACAGUGCUUACAGAUGCACCGCUUUUAUUCCCUCCUGGGCAGUUGGCAUUGGCUGCUUUGCGCAAGUCAAAUGAAGUUCAUGGUGUUUUUGACUUUGAGAGAUAUCUUGGGAGCAUCCUCUCUCGCCAGCAUCCUGCACACACCAUCUCAGAGCUCACUGUUCCUCUGAAUGCCAUUGAUUUUUUGGCAAGUAAACUUGAGACCCCGACUGCUGCGGAUAUGAAGCAUGUUGACCGGAAGCUCAAAUCAUGUCGGGAUCCUGGCUCACAUGACAAGAGCAAGAAACGGAAGCACAGGUCCAGAGAGAGUUCAAACGCAAUGCAUAACAUGCCUUCAGCACUGUGAAUAAUGAAUAUAUAAGUUUUUCUCCUGAUGUUUGACAGGUUCUAUAUUGGAAAUUCCAUUCUAGGGAAGUAGACCCUGGUGUAAUAGAAUCAUAAAUCAGUUAAUAUACUAAGGUUUUCUCUAAUUUGAAGUAGGUAUAAAACGUUACACCUGUACUUGCAUCUAUGAAUUCAACAGUUACGUGACAUCGUGGUUAUCCAUGGAGGAUCUGCUGUAUGUUCUUUCACUAAUGCAGUUUUUCUGUAAUUGGAUAUAAUUUCCAUUUUUUUUA